GCUGCCGCUCGAUUGCUCUGGCUCCGUCUCUCAGGCGAUCGAUUCAUCUUGGCUCCACUGCGGCGGGCUGGCCGUGCGAGAGGCGGAGGCGCUGCCGGGAGGGAAGCUGCCCAGCGCUGGGUUACAAACACCGCGGCGGCCGAUUGCUGAGUAACUGGAUUUCCAAUCACAGAAGGAAAAUAUCAUGUCUCGAUCACGCCAGCCCCCUCUUGUAACUGGUAUCUCUCCCAAUGAAGGGAUUUCAUGGACAAAAGUCACAAUUAGAGGAGAAAACUUGGGAACUGGGCCAACAGACCUCAUAGGUUUAACAAUCUGCGGACACAAUUGUCUGCUGACUGCUGAAUGGAUGUCUGCCAGUAAAAUAGUGUGUCGAGUGGGACAAGCUAAAAAUGAUAAGGGGGACAUUAUUGUCACUACAAAAUCAGGUGGCAGAGGAACUUCGACUGUUUCCUUCAAACUCCUGAAACCUGAGAAAAUAGGUAUCUUGGAUCAGUCUGCUGUCUGGGUUGAUGAAAUGAACUAUUAUGACACGCGUACUGACAGGAACAAAGGGAUUCCCCCCUUGUCUCUACGUCCAGCUAAUCCGCUUGGUAUUGAGAUAGACAAAGGCAGAUUUCCCCAGAAGGAUUUGGAGGCACUGUUUCCUGGGAUGAGUGCCGAUUUCACUAGUGAAAACUUCUCCGCUGCAUGGUAUUUGAUAGAAAACCAUUCAACAACAAGUUUUGAUCAGCUCAAAAUGGCAGUCAUGAAUCUGAAGAAGCAGGCAAACAAGAAAAAUGAGGGGAGUCUAGCAUAUGUGAAAGGAGGUCUCAGCACUUUUUUUGAAGCACAAGAUGCCCUGUCAGCAAUCCAUCAAAAACUGGAAGCGGAUGGAACGGAAAAAGUAGAAGGAUCCAUGACGCAAAAACUGGAGAAUGUACUGAACAGGGCAAGUAACACUGCAGAUACCUUAUUCCAAGAAGUGUUGGGUCGCAAAGACAAGGCAGAUUCAACAAGAAAUGCACUCAAUGUCCUUCAGCGUUUUAAGUUUCUUUUUAACCUUCCUCUUAAUAUUGAAAGGAAUAUCCAAAAGGGUGAUUACGAUGUGGUCAUUAAUGACUAUGAAAAAGCCAAGUCACUGUUUGGGAAGACCGAGGUUCAAGUGUUCAAAAAAUAUUAUGCUGAAAUUGAAACACGAAUUGAAGCCUUAAGAGAACUUCUUCUGAAUAAAUUGCUUGAGACUCCAUCAACAUUACAUGAUCAAAAACGUUAUAUAAGAUAUCUUUCUGAUCUCCAUGCUUCUGGGGACCCUGCGUGGCAGUGUAUUGGUGCCCAGCACAAAUGGAUUCUUCAACUCAUGCACAACUGCAAAGAGAGCUACGUUAAAGAUCAAAAAGGCAAUUCGUUGCUACAUAGCCCCAUGCUAGACCUGGACAGUGAUGUGCGUCCGUCUCCACUUGGUCAUCUCAGUCAGACUGCUUCGCUGAAAAGGGGCAGCAGCUUUCAGUCGGGUCGUGAUGACACUUGGCGUUGUAAAGCUCCUCAACAAGUUGCAUUUGUUGAAAAGUUGACAAAACUUGUUGUAAUUCAGCUCCCCAACUUCUGGAAGCUCUGGAUUUCUUAUGUGAAUGGAAGCCUUUUCAGUGAGACUGCUGAAAAAUCUGGUCAAAUGGAAAGAGCAAAGAAGAAUGCUAGGCAAAGACAAAAUGAUUUCAAGAAAAUGAUUCAGGAGGUGAUGCAGUCCCUGGCAAAACUCAUCCGUGGAGCUUUGCUUCCAUUCAGCCUCAGAGAAGGAGAGUUGAGACAGUAUGGUGGCUGGGAGAUGAAAUCUGAACUCUCUGGACAGUGGCUAACACAUGUCAUCCAGACUGUAAGGCUUAGUUAUGAGUCCCUUACUGCAUUUGAAAUACCAAAUGAUAUGCUUCAUAUCAUCCAGGAUCUUAUUUUGGAUCUUCGAGUACGUUGUAUAAUGGUCACCUUACAACACACAGCUGAAGAUGUGAAGAGGUUAGCUGAAAAGGAAGACUGGGUGGUUGAUAAUGAAGGUUUAACAUCUCUGCCAUCCCAGUUUGAACAAUGCAUUGUGCAUUCCUUGCAGUCACUCAAGAGUGUUCUGGACUGCAAACCUGGAGAAGCCAGUGUUUUCCAGCAACAAAAAACACAGGAGGAUGUGUGCCAGCUAAGCAUUGGUAUCAUGCAGGUUUUUAUAGAUUGUCUGGAACAACUGAGCACGAAGCCUGUUGGUGAUGCAGAUACCACACAGAACAAAGGCUUUUAAUUGUACUCAGUAAUUGCUGCUACCUGGAACGUCAUACUUUCAUAAAUAUAGCUGAACACUUUGAGAAACAUAGCUUCCAAGGAGUUGAAAAAAUAACUCAAAUUAGUAUGGAAUCCUUAAAGGAGUUGGAUCAAAGACUGUUUGAAAUUUACAUUGAAUUGAAGGCAGAUCCUAUAGUUGGCUCAUUAGAACCUGGCAUUUAUGCAGGAUAUUUUGAUUGGAAAGAUUGUCUCGUUCCAAC